ACCCCAACGGCAUCCGUCUCUCCCUACUCCGUACCUCGCCUUAGAUAUCAUAUCGCGUUUUGACUGUUCACUUGACACUGCAAUAGCAUAUCUGAUUCAAACUCGAUCUUAAUUAACCAAUCCAAGAAGCCGGGAACUCUGCUGCCGUCAUCAAUUAAAUUCAGAGCCUGCGGGAAAAUUAAUUUGCUUUUCACUUGGUAGCCGCUGCUCCAACCAACCAAUCAACCACCUGUCGAACCGGUCAAAUCCGUUCCUCAGCAAGCGUUCAUCCACAGGUCACCGCCGCUCACUAUGGCGGUCUCGCCUGUGGUCACAGAGCUGUCGCGACCCGCGACUGAGCUCCGCGCCGCCGCUUCACCUCUGCGAUCUCUCGCUUCAGGUCAAGCCUCUUCAAAUGGCACACCCAAGCCGGUGGGCGCACUCCGAAAGAACAUGGGGGGAAACCCGCCCUCACUUGAUUUGGCCGAGCAAAUGAAUGAGGAUGAGAAGCGAAAAUGGGUCAAAGGCAAGAAGCUCGGUGAAGGUACAUACGCCGUGGUGUUUCUGGGUCAUCUACGCGACGACCCCUCGACCCUGGUCGCCAUCAAAAAGAUGAAAAAGGUGUCCAAGGAUUAUGAAGAGGGCAUGUCGCACGAUGCCAUUCGCGAAGUCAAGCACCUCCAGGAACUGCAGCACGAUAAUAUUAUUGCGCUGCGCUCCGUCUUCUCCUCCAAAGACCAGAACCUCAACCUCGUCCUCGAGUUUCUGCCCCUGGGCGACCUGGAGAUCCUUAUCAAGGGCGAUCAGCAGCGCAAGAUCCCCGGUGUCCGCUACGGCGCUGCCGAUAUCAAGGCGUGGAUGGGCAUGCUCACGCGGGCCGUCUGGUUCUGCCACGAGAACUUUGUGCUGCACCGCGAUAUCAAGCCUAAUAACUUGCUCAUCGCGGCCAACGGCGAGCUCAAGCUUGCCGAUUUCGGUCUCGCGCGUGGCUUCGCCGAUCCGUAUCAAUACAUGACAGCCAAUGUCAUCACACGAUGGUACCGACCACCCGAGCUGCUCUUUGGCGCGAAGCAUUACUCUGGCGCUGUUGACAUCUGGUCUGUGGGCACCAUCUUUGCCGAGAUCGUCCUGCGCAAUGCAUAUCUGCCCGGCGGCACGGAGCUGGAACAGGUCAAACUGAUCUGCGAGGCUAUCGGGACCCCAACAGAGGACAAUUGGCCCGGCGUGACGAAGCUGCGAGACUACGCCGUGCCCUCCACCAACCCAGUCCGUGGGAAAGCCUACUAUGAGAGGACCUUUGAGAUCCUGGGUCCCGAGGGCGCGGAUCUGCUCAUGCGGACGUUGACCCUCAACCCAAACCGUCGUAUCACGGCAAAGGAGAUGCUACAACACUCGUACUGGCUGGCCCAACCACAGCCCACCCGCAAAGAGGACCUGCCGCGCAAGGCGGGAGGAGAGGAGACGAUGGGUGCUGAUCUGAAGCGGAGACCUGGCGUGGUCGAAGAGGACCGUGGCAGUCGAAUUGCUCGAAAAUUAGAUUUUGGUGCCGGAUAGGUAGAUGGGAAAUUAUGACAGACUGUACACUAUCUA